AUGGGUCGUUCUCGCGGUCGCCCUCCUUCUGCGGCCACUGUCGCAGCCGCAGCGGCAGCCGCCGUCUUUGCUGAUGAUCCAAACCACAGUUUGUCUUUUCCGCUCUUUUGUCCAGAAUGGAAUACAGAUGAAGAGAUAUUACUUCUGGAGGGCAUUGAAAUGUAUGGAUUUGGGAACUGGACUGAAGUUUCAGAACAUGUUGGAACCAAGAGCAAAUCUCAAUGCAUUGAUCACUAUAGUGCUGUCUACAUGGACUCCCCAUGCUUUCCUCGCCCAGACAUGUCUCAUGUUAUGGGAAAGACCAGAGAGGAGCUCCUUGCAAUGGCCAAAGGAAAUGCUGAAAUGAAGAAAGAGUUUUUUGCUCUUGGGGAGCUGACGCCGAAACAAGAGUCUCCCUUCCCUGCGAAAAUCAAAAGUGAGGCAUCAAAGAAAGAAGAUUUAGCCAGCCAUUCCUUAUCUAUAUUAAAUGCAGAAGUCAGCUCCCAUAUGGGUUCAAGCAGCGGCAAUACAUUCUUAGAUGCAUCUAAGAAAACAUCCAACAUGGCCCAGAUUAAGGACGAGAUUAAAGUGGAAGAACCUCUGUCAGACAGGAGUAUAAGAGAGAAAAAACCUAGAAUUUGCGGAGAGGAAGGACCUUCCUUGACAGAGUUAAGUGGCUAUAAUUUCAAGAGGCAGGAAUUUGAGAUUGAAUAUGAUAAUGAUGCAGAGCAACUACUGGCAGAUAUGGAAUUCAAGGAUACUGACACUGAUGCUGAACAUGAAAUGAAACUGCGUGUUCUGCACGUUUACUCAAAAAGGCUUGACGAGAGGAAACGAAGGAAAGAUUUUAUUUUGGAAAGAAAUUUAUUUUACCCUGAUUCAUUUGAGAAGAACCUUUCACCUGAAGAGAAGGAAAUAUAUCAGCGUUACAAGGUCUUUAUGAGGUUCCACACAAAAGAAGAGCAUGAAGAAUUGAUGAAGACUGUUAUCGAGGAUCAUCGGAUUAUGAAAAGAAUACGAGAUCUUCAGGAAGCUCGAGCUGCUGGCUGUCGAACAACUGGCGAGGCCCAAGAAUUUAUUGAGCAGAAGAGAAAGAAGGAAGCUGAAGAAAGUGCCCAAAGAGCGAAGGAAAGUAUGCAAGCAGGUGCCCAAACAACUGGUAAACUGUUGCAAAAGCCGAAUCUUGACAGCAGCCCUCGUGGAGUUGUCAGGAGUUCCACUGGUUUUAAUCCUAGUGACAAGGACUCAUCUUCGAUGAUUGCAACACAAGCUAUUUCAAGCUCCUUAGAUGAGUGGGAUAUCACUGGAUUCAUAGGGGCUGAUUUGCUCUCUGAAUCUGAUAAGCGUCUAUGUUGCGACUUGAGAAUACUACCUGCACAUUAUCUCAAAAUGCUUCAGAUUAUGUCAAUAGAGAUAACAAAGGGUACAGUUACUAACAAAACCGAUGCUCAUAGCCUGUUCAAGGUGGAAUCAAGCAAAGUGGAUAAAGUCUAUGAUAUGUUAGUGAAAAAGGGGAUUGCUCAAGCAUGA